UGUGGCAGCCAUUAGCAAACGUCCAUCCGUUUCGUGUCGAACAGCAGUAGUGAUUUAUUUGUACGGACAUUUUAUAUUAUUUUAGUGACUUUCGGACACUCUGACUCUGUGUAGUGAAACUAAUGUGAUUUAUUUUGGUAUUGUCGUUGAGAAAGACUUCAAUAAGUGGUCAAUAUUCCUAAAAUCGCGGCCAAUGUCAGCAGGCGUGUCAGAUCAGCGGAUGAAAGGGCAAGGGAACCAAGUGACAAAUGCACCGAAAGAGCAACAGUUAGAGAGCGGUGGAGACGAGUUAGCGGAGGUGUCAUGGCGUCAACAACAACCUUCAUAUGCGCCACCCAUCUCGUCAGCGGCCGACCCCUACAGCGCGGCAGGUUAUUACGGUACAACAACACUUCCUUAUCAAGCUUUUGGAGUCGGGGAUGGGACAUGGUCCACCAAUGGAACAGACCCGAUGACUUUCCUCGGAGGAUACAAUCCUCACGAUUCUUAUGGAAUGGAUGGUAGUGUAUUUGGACCUUCAACAACACCAUUCUCAACUGCUGCGUUUGGGCAGCCAGCUUCAACAUUUAAUUAUUUUCACGGCAAUGGAGACUACUCUACAUGGGGUCAACUCGGUCGCGCCAAGCAGUACGAUGACUACUAUAGAAAUGACGGGCUGUACGUGCCGGACGGAAUCAAAGCCGUCGAGUCUGGAGUACAGGCACUCUCGCUCGGGGCGGAGCACAAGAUCGAGAUGGAGCGGGCGCCCGAGCUCAAGGAUUCGUCGAGUGGAUCGCAACCCAAAAAGAUGACGUGGGCUUCCAUCGCAAGCCAGCCGGCGAAACCCGCGCCCUCCUCCCAGACCGGGGGUUUGAAGAAAAAAGGACCCGGAAUGCCACCGCCGCCGAUAGUGCCGGGAAAGCAUAACUUGGAAAUAAACGCUUGGGAUGCCGGGAAGAGCGCUCCCGUGGUGACGGCGCCGCCGCCGCCGCUGCAGCCGCCGCCCGCGCCCGCGCCAGUGACCAUGCAGGCCGCCCCGCCCGCGCCCGCGCCCCUGCCGCGCGGCCCUCCGCCGCAGCACCAGCAGCCGCCGCCCUCGUGGACGCACCCGCCGCGCGCGCCGCCGCCGCUCCAGCCGCUCCAACAGCAUCAGCAACACCAGCACCAACAGCACCAGCCGCCGAUGCAGCCGCCACACCAGCCUCGCCCGCCGAUGCCCGCCGCCCCCGCUACUGCUGCUCCUCCCGCACCUCCGAGCGGAUCGACUCCUCCGCAUCCGGUUUUAGACGAACUUCGUGUGAAGAAUGACUAUAACCCCAAGGAGUUCGAUCUGACUGCUCCAAAUGCUAGAUUUUUUGUUAUUAAAUCGUACUCUGAAGAUGAUAUUCAUCGCAGCAUAAAGUACGAAAUUUGGUGCAGCACAGAACACGGAAAUAAACGUCUCGACGCGGCAUACCGCGAGCGCGAGCGAGAGGGCGGGUAUGUCUACUUGUUUUUCUCGGUAAACGGAAGUGGGCACUUCUGUGGUAUGGCGCGCAUGACUAGUGCCGUGGAUUACAACUCGAACUCCUCCGUGUGGUCGCAGGAUAAGUGGAAGGGACAAUUCCGUGUGAGGUGGAUCUAUGUUAAGGACGUUCCAAAUGGAGAACUUCGUCAUAUCAAAUUAGAGAAUAAUGAGAAUAAACCGGUAACGAAUUCGCGUGACACUCAAGAGGUUCCGCACGCAAAAGGAUUGCUAGUUUUACGCAUUAUUCAUAGUUACUGCCACUCGACAUCCAUUUUUGAUGAUUUUAUUCAUUACGAGAGACGCCAAGAAGAAGAGGAUUCGCGCAAGGUGCCUCAACAUGUCAACCACGAAAAUAAUCGUGAUAAUCAUGAGAACGGGCGCGGAUACAGAAAUAACUAUCGGGAACAUCGGGAUGGACGUGACGGGCGGGAGCAUCGUGAUGGCCGCGACGGUCGGGAGCCGAGAGAGUAUCGGGAGCCGCGCGACGGCCGCGACUACCGGGACAUGCGCGACGGCCGCGACAGCCGCGACCCGCGGGACAUGAGAGACUCCCGCGAUCCUCGCGACCACCGCGACCCGCGCGAUCAUCGUGAUCACCGCGACCAUCGUGACGACCGCGACGGUCGCGACGGCAGAGACAAUCGGGACCACGGGUAUCGUGACCGUGAUUCUAAUUAUAGAUCCCACCAUAAGGAUAGGGAUGGUUCACGCGGCCGCGGCCGCCCUCGCAAUUGAUUGGGCGCUAUGCUAUGCGAGAGCGAUGUGAGGACUGGCUUCUCCCCAUAGACAACUUAGUAAUCGAGUUAUAAUUGGUACCGUUUACACAGCAGAUGUACAUAUCACGUAUGAUUAGUAGCAUGCGUGAAAAGAAAUGAAGCAUUUGUCUUAGAGCAAUGUGACCGCUCGAUGUUGCGUUUCAAUCUGAACAAUUUAAAUGUAACAUAGAAUAUUGUUUAAAACAGUGCAAUGCUCAUGAAAAAAACUUUCAACAAAUUAUAAUGUGCUAAAUAUUUUGUACUGGAAGAACUUUUACUAAUGCAUAGUGAACAGAACAUUAAAUAUCAACAUUAACAUGUGUCUAACGUCACAUGUUGUUGAGUGGGAUUGUGGACUUUGUUUCAAAUUUGUGGACUAAAUCAAUAAAAUAUAGUAAUUUUUAUAACUAGGAAAUUCUGUGGUGAGAGGAGUUGAUCCUUUUAUUAGGGACUGGUGAAGUUGAAGAUAACAUCAACAUAACGCAGUGCGCUGAAUGAGUGUAGUGUUAAAUAUAAUAAAAACAAUACCACCAUCAUGAGUUGCUUACCAUGAUGGAAAUGUUAUCAGAUGUAUCAGUGGUGAUUAAUUGUAACUUUUAUAUAACAAAAAUGAUUGUAAUCAAGAGGUGUGGACAUUUUAUAUAAAUUUUUUUAAUAUCAAUAUUAAGGAAAGUUGUGAGUUCUCUCGUGGCAUUAAGUUUCCCUUGCUCCAUUUUUAAUGUUUUUUUUUAUCAAUUAUGAUUUUUUUAUUCUGACAGAAUGAGAUUUUGACUUCUGGAUUAUCUAAAUUGUCAAUAACACAUUAACUGAUUGUAGAGAUGCCUAUGUACUUGUAAAGAUUAAGGGAGGCAAACUGUUUUGGCCAACAAUGUUUAUUAUACUUAUGUACUGUACAUAUUAUAUGUAUUGUGAUGAGUCUUUUUCUAUGUUUAAGCGCAACUUGUGUGACGAGAGAAAUUUGACAAUCAACUAAAGGAAAUAUGUAUUUGUUACUAUCAUGUAUUGUCUCCCCACCUUAAUUUUAAAGUGCCUUUUGAUUUUUUGUAUCUUGUUCUUCAGUUGUGUUGAUAGAUCUAGUGCCACAUAGUUAUUUUUUAUUUUCAAAUAAAUCAUUUGUAGUUAGUAAAAUGCUGAUGCAUUCAAAUUUUGUUUUAAUAUUUUAGUUUUAACUUGAAAUUAUUUUAAAACAUCAUGGAUACUAUUUACUGUUUCAUGCAAGACAUCUUAGUUACAGAAAUGGUCUAUAUGAGGUAAGAUCCCUCCAAAACUGGAUUAAAGCCUGUCAUAGAAA